UAGCAAUCUGUGUGUAGUUGCCCACCAUGAGUACUUAGUUACUUGUGAUAGUACUGGCAAGAAGAAGAACUACAUCAACUUUUUAGCCGCAACUGCUGCACGACGUAGAUCUUCUCCUUUUCCGAUUAUUCACAGUCUAGGUUUUUACACAGCCAGAGAGUUCCUUUCGAAGAACAAAGGGUGAUUCGAGUCGUUGGUUUGGAAUAGAGAUGAAAAGAGAGAUGAAAUCGAGUAAAAAUCGAAAAGGGCUGCUUAUCGGAAAGAUAUAGAACAGAAGCAUCGUCGUGAAAAGAAGCGAAACAUUGAAAAAGGUGAAGGAUAUUCGCAACCAAAUCGGUCUCGUGGACGUCUCGGACAGGUUUUAGCACUGACCAUCUAAACAGGGAGAUUUCAAUGUGAAGCAUUAUUCAUCGACGAUACAAAGUUUGUAGCAGUCUCGAUUGAUUUUUGAAUAAGCAGGUGUUUCCUUUACUGUUUCCUCUUCAACAAACCUGAGAACAAAAUGCCGCCACGGAAAACGGAGCCGGGGGCCGAGGAGGCCAUGAACUUUGACUUUGAUAUGCCUGUCAUUAUCAACGUCAAGCCAGAAGAUCAGCUGGAUUUGGCACCGGAAGAAUUGGAGAAAGAGGUCUUUUUUCAUCAGAUAGUAGUUUGCUGCAGUGUGCUUUUGGAGUUCUUCAAAGAAGAUUCUCGCUCUGCAUCUACUUGAUGGCUUAGUUUCGUCAUUAGGCUUGGAUGCCAUAGACACCAGUACGCGCUUCCGUCAAAAAAACUUACAGGUAGAACCAAGGGUGCUCUACCCGAACAAUCCAAGAGCGGCACACAAUGUCACGCAAUACUCCUACCGCGAACAAUGCUUCAAGAAGGACGAUCAGGUGAGAUUUAACUUUGAUAUACUUGCUGCUUCGUGAUUGUGUCGAGAGGCUCCAGCACUAGUUUACCUCUUUCUACGUAUACUGUUGUGGAAAGUCUCUAGUCGUAUAACAUCAGGAGCAAGAACAACAUUCACCUAUUUCCUAUAGGUAGAGCAAAUGGUGAUGCACCUCACCACGGAUGCAACAAUAUUGAAGAAGGGUUCAGCAGAAGAAGCAUCCCAGCAAGAAAUCCUGAAAAGGAAAAUUAAGGCAAAGUGGUUGCAGGUUGCUUGAGUUCUAGAAGGAGUAGAUAGAGUCUCAUCAUUGUUGAAGAUGAAAACAGGGGGGUCAGGUCCAGCCAGCUCUAGCGUCGUACAACUUCCCGUUUUCUUCUACGUACUACAUCUGCCCCAGCUGCUACACUCCCCCUCUAAUCCCCAAGAGGAGCAGGAAAGGCGAAACGCCCAAGAGGCAGUAGACGUGACGAUAGUAGAAUAUGACGGUGAGGCCGCCAAGAAGAACACUUUGAGAAAUCAGUUUAACUUCUCAGAACGAGCAUCCCAGACCUACAACGAAGUCCAGAGAACAAGAGUGGCAGGUAAAGCGUCUUCUCGUUGUCCAUAGAAACAAAAAAAAAGCGGUUAGUUUGUAGGGGAAGGAUGAAAGACUAAUCUCAACCUCCACGACAGUUCUUGUCUCAAUCCCCUCCUCGUACUCAUUCGCGUCCUCCCCUCGACUUCAACCUUAAACACUGUUCUACAGCCACGCAGCCACCUCUCUGCAAGGAUUUCGCCGAGUCAGUGACGCAGUGGAUCAUAUACGAUAGCUACAUGAAGGACAUCGAGGCAGCGGAACAGGCCAAGAGGAACGCAAAAGAGAAGAAAUCAAACGUCAACUUGGAGCUAGACACCAAAAAGAAGCCCUCCGAAAGCGAUCCGAUCUACUCGGAUGCUAUGAAACUUAGUACUUUAAUAUUUUUUUACCUGUCGUGUGCUCUUUAUAAAGUUUACUAAGUUACCUCAAGUUGUGUUUAAGUUUAUAAAGUUUACUAUAAGUUACCACCUCAAGUAGAGCAAAACUGUUAUUUUACCUGUGUGCUCUAGUACUUGCUGAUGGUGAACAAUUCUUUUUGGAGGUUGGUCCUUUUUCCAUUAUCAGUGAAGUAUCGAAUUAGGUACUUCUGAGAAUGAUUUGUCCUAUGAAAAAGGAAGCCUUGAUAAUUGCUAUUCCCGGCACCUUCUAGGUAUAAAACUCAUGGAGCGUAUGGUAAACCAGAACGCUGAGUCAGAAAUCUACCAUGACUUCAAAUUCUGGGAGGACAAGUCGGAUGAGUUUAGGCAAGACGGCGAAGGCACAUUAUUGCCUUUGUGGAGGUUCACCAGUGAAAAAGUGAAGAGGAAGCAAGUAAUAACAGUUGUCUCUACUGCUCCCACCAAUCUACAGUAGUACGCUCUGAUACAACUCUCCUUAAUCUACAGUGCAACGCUCUGAUACAACUCUACCUAUCCUGUUUUCUAUGCAAGCGCAUCGAGGUGGUCUAUUUGAGUGUUAAUGUUUAACUUUUACCUCAAGUUCUUGGGCAUGCUAUCUCAAUCUUCUCAGGUAACAGCCAUCCGAUGGAACCCAAAAUUUACCGAUCUUUUUGCAGUCGGCUUCGGUUCCUACGACUUCAUGAGACAAGGAAGCGGCUGCAUCUGCUGCUAUAGUCUGAAGAACACGAAGUUUCCAGAGUACUAAAACUGAUUUCAGAUAAUUCAGUUUGACCUCUACUUUUUGUUUUUGAAGAUUUGAGGUUGGUGUUGUAGGUUACGCAUCCCCGGCUUUCCGAGGCGCCGUUUCACUCAUUUUCUCCUUGACUAAGAGGAAUCACCAGCAACGCCCUUCCAACCUCCUCAUCCCCAGAUACAUAUUCAACACCGAGUCUGGAGUUUGCAGUCUAGACUGGCAUCCAGAGAGAGCGGCACUAUUGGCAGUAGGCCUCUACGACGGAACAGUGAUGGUGUAUGACGUUAGAGGAAAGACAAAAAAGCCAGUCUACGCAAGCACCAUCAGGACAAACAAACAUACGGAUCCAGGUACGCGGGGUUUCUGUUAGGAUUCCCUCUUCGCACCGUUCGUCAGGACUACAAAAAAGAUUUUCAUAUCAUCUAUAUUCUGUAGAUGGAAAGACCACAAGAACUUCUUCUACAACUCCUUCGUCCUCUUCCUGGUGCAAAUAAACUUUGCACAAAGACAAGAACCUCUACAACUCCUUCGUCCUCUUCCUGGUGCAAAUAAACUUUGCACCUAAAAAUUGUCAUACCCAAGAACAAAAAAACCUCUACACAGUCUACCCAACAAAAAAACUUCUACACAGUCUGGGAAGUGCGAUGGAACACCAGUUCAGAGGGAACCCUUAGCUUCUACUCCAUCUCAGCGGAUGGGCGAGUUACAAUCUGGCUCCUCAUGAAAGACAAGCUUGAGAGCGAAGAGUUGAUGGCUCUGAAGCUGCAUUCAGGUACUACAUCUUGUUUGUUGAUCUCCAUCAACUAGAAGUACAUCUUGUUUGUGUAAUAUCUAUCAUUACCACCUUGUUUGUAAGUUGUACAUUGAGUUUCAACUAGAAGUACAUCUUGCUUGUGUAAUAUCUAAUAUGCAUGGAAUAAGAAAGUACAUGUCUACUUGUUGUGGGUCUAAUGCUUGUUUCACAAUUAUACGUUGCAUCAUUGAAAAAUUUUGAUUGAAGAUCUUGAUAAUUCGAUCCGUUAAUAUCUAUGCAUGUAAGUAGUUGUACACAUUGUUUGUUGAUCUCCAUCAUUACCACCACCAGGUGAAGAGGAGGACACAGGCCUUACAGGACUAGCAGGCGGACUUUGCUUUGACUUCCAUAAGACGAACGAGGACUUGUUCCUCAUCGGAACAGAAGAGGGACGAAUUCACAAGUGCUCGAAAUCAUACAGCGGUACUUGUCUAUAAAUAUUGCUGCUUCUACUCGCGGCGUCGAAUGUUUACGCAGCUUUCUCGAAGUGGCACUAAGACCACACGUUCACAUCCUCUCGUAGAUCGUUCAUGCUCAUCUAGCAACAAACUUAACCUCCACCCCCAAAAUCCCUCAGGUCAAUACCUCGACACCUACGAAGGGCAUUCAAUGGCAGUCUACUCUGUCCGAUGGAACCACUUCCAUGCCAAUAUCUUCAUCAGCUCGAGUGCCGAUUGGACAGUCAAACUGUGGGACCACAACGUGAAGACGCCAAUAAUGUCCUUCGAUUUAGCGCAGCAAGUAGGAGAUGUCGCGUGGGCGCCAUAUAGCAGUACUUAGACUUACGUCGUCGAUUUUUACCUUCUGAUUAUCAAUAUUUUGGAAAAGGUCAAGAACAUCAACUGCUAUAAUUUUUGAGCAUGAUGACAUUCUACUUUCUUUUUCCCUCUUCUUGUCUCCUACUUGCUCUUUUUGCGUCUCCACAGCACACUAGCAAAGCCUUCACAUCCUUUGCACACCACAAUCCCAGGCACCGUCUUCGCAGCAAUCACAUCAGACGGGGUGACACACGUCUACGACUUGAGUAUCAAUAGAAACGGAGCCCUCUGCUGGCAGAAGGUGGUAGCGAAAGCAAAGUGCACCCACCUUUCCUUUGCCAGCUCUAGUCCAAUCCUGAUCGUCGGUGAUGACCGCGGUGGCGUUACCAGUCUGAAAUUGAGCCCGAAUUUGAGGGUACUUACUACUUAGUUAUACUGAGAUUUUUUGAAGAAGAUGUGAAAUUUGUUGUUCUUGUUAUUUUUGCUCAGUUUCAUCUCCUAGUUCUUUGAGAUGAUUGCAGGUCCUUCCAACAUAAGAGAAACUCCUUUUCGCAUCCUGAUCCUGAUCAUCGUCCCCCCCCACAGAAAUCAAUGACCGGCACCGGUUCCGGUGAAACCUAUGAGCCAGCGAAAACGGGAGACGCGCUAGUUGAGCAGGAGAUUGACGCCAUGGAGACGCUGUUGUCUAUGGUCGUCGAGACGACUGAAAACUAGAUGCUUACCAAAGUAGAAGUUCUCGGAGACAAGGAAAGUGAGAACAAGUUCCUGCUGCUCUAGUUCGGGCACAACCUCUUAUCUUCAGUAUCUCUUUGAUUGAGUCAUCAUGACAAUCUUCGACUUCGAUGAAUCUAAAGAACAAACUAGACGACAAUCCAUUAGCUAAAUCUAAAUAACGCUGAAUCAUGAUUGAUGGACAAACUACACUAAAUCAAGGAAAAAAUAAAGGGCUACAUGCUAUUGCUGAAUAAUCGGCACUGCUUCCGGGAGCGGCAGCGGAGCACUCGUUGAUGCUUCAGGACAUCACUAUGUUGAGAAAAAAUCUAUAUCGAAAUUUGCGCGAAAAUCUUACAAAUGUUAUAGUAUAAACAAGAUGAAUCUUAAUCUAUUUCGAUGAUCGAGGUACUAAUAUGAUUUAGGCAUUUAUUUUAGAUGUUAUAUGAAAGUAAAAGCCGAGCACUACUAGUAGAGCAAGAUGUUGUGAUGUGGUGUUUUACAAGAAAUGCAAAACCGAUAAAAUCAAUGAUUCUUAUCGUGGAGAAAUCGUUUCAUUAUUCAUACUCUGUUAUAACUGGUUCGUGUCUUAAGUCUAAGCGUUAAUUCCCAAUGAAAUUCCGAUCCCUGUAUGCAUGUAAAAGAUUCCCAAACAAGCCAAAGAGGACUGAUGUAGAUAGUGAUGUAUACAGCCUAAUAGACACCCGAGUAUCAAUCACGCUGUGUAUGGGAAGUACAAAAACCACUGGAUAUUUUGUUCAAGUUAUCUCUGAGAUUUUUAGACGAAAUUUAAAUGUAAGUCGGCUUCGUCCUUGUUUCAAGGAGGUGAGAAGGAACAUGCACUAGGAAUCAUCCUCAUCAAGACGACUAGAAGCUACUGAAAGUAGCACUACUAGG